CAGAAGUAUAGGGGAAGUCUUUUGUGCCCUCGAGUCAUAUGCAACUAUACAAAACACUGGAAGUGCCAAAAAUGUUCCCUAUAGAAGGAUGCUUCCAUUAUUCCUUGAAUCAAACUACCAAGCAAUGGUUCUUACAUCAAACUAGCAACCAAUGAAAACACACACACAAACAAGUGCAAGAAUGAGGGAAGUCCUAUGUGCCAUUGAGUCAUAUGCAACUACACAAACACUUGAAGUUCCAAAGAAUGUUCCCAAGAGCAAGAUGCUUCAAUUAUUCUUUACAUGAAACUACCAACCAAUGAAAAGAUCAAUAGUUGGAAUAGAAACUUCAAGUGUGCACCCUAAAAUGAGAAAAAGCUUUGUAUCCUAAAAUCUGGUGAACUUUCUGAACAUUAUGCAUGCUAUAAAAGGUGGAUGGGUUGGGCAAACUUUUGCCCUAGCUAAGGGGAAUGAUUCAGGAAGGAGAAAGUCUCGAAUUCGCCGGUCAAAAGAGGAGAGGAAGGAAAUGGUGGAAUCCUUUAUAAAGAAAUAUCAGAAAUCAAAUGAUGGCAAUUUCCCAUCACUCAAUCUUACACACAAGGAAGUUGGUGGGUCUUUCUACACAGUGCGAGAGAUUGUCCGAGAGAUUAUCCAAGAAAAUAGAGUGCUGGGUCCUGCUAAGUUGACCCCAGAAGAGCAGCACAUAGUUGAGUUAUCUGAGCAAUAUCCUCUUGGAUCAAUUUCCUUAGAACCUCAAGUUCACCUGUCAUCAUCAGUUGAAACUGAUUCAGUACCCGACCAUCAUCAGAUUAGGAGUGAAGAACUGGUUCUGGAUUCUAGUAGAAAAUACACUGGAUCUGAACAUCACAUAUUUGACAAUGGGUGGAUCAUUAAUGGGAGUCAUAUGGAAAAGAAAAAUGAAGAAUCUGACAUGCCAAUAUAUGCAGAGUUGGAAGUUGCUGAAACUUCAGGGGCAAAGAAUGCUCUUUUAGAAGAAGUAGAAGUAACUGCUGCUAAAGUGACGGAUAUAGCAGCAGAUGUAGUGGUAGAGACGUUUCCAUUAAGGUCUUUUACUAAGCCAUCUUACAGCUUGGAUGGGGAGCUAGGUGAAGCAAGCAUUAUGACUGGAAUUUUGGAAGAAAAGGAAACAGAGAAAGUGGAAACAGAAACAGGAAAAAGUUCUGUAUUGGAUGGAAAGAAUUCAGUAGAGGACCCUUUUGGUUUGGUGGAUGAGAAAGCAGUCACAAGCCCCGGAGGUUCAUUGUUGGAAAUGAACUCUGGUUUGAUUGAUGAGGAAGCAGUUAAAAAUGUUGCAGAUCCAUUGUUGGAAAGCUCCAAUAUCACUUCAAUCAACAAAGAUGUUGUGCAUGAUGAUCAGGAUGGCACUAUUCUUGAAGUUAAAACAUCUCAUGGUGACUGCUUAUCAUCAGACACAUUUGAGCAAAGCCAGGAGAUUGCUGAAAAUAAGAAUUUAGAUUCUCCAAAUGGCAUCUAUAGCGAGAAUAUGACUGGGUCUAGUACCAGCAGUGCCUGUAGUGAGACCAUUUCUGAAGAGGCAAUUGUGAUUGAAAAGAAACCCAAUAUUGAAGAUGGUAGCAUCCCCCAGAAAGGAAGCAGUCCAACUCUAGACAGAAUUAAUCUUGAAUCAUGGGAAGGAGCAUCCAAGAAAUCUACAGAGCCAGAAACUAACCCAUUUCUGGCAUUCAUUAAGGCAUUUGUAGCUGGCUUUGUGAAGUUUUGGUCUGAGUAAAAUUUUCCCAUUUAUUUUCUUUAGUUUCGAUGCCCCAGAUGAAAGGUUUAGAACCUGCCAAUGGAAGGGGCAUGAUUUGGUUGAGUCUUUGCUCAUAUCAGAGAAUGUAGUUGUUCUUAGUGUGUCUUGUCAUUUCUUUAUCUUUUAUUUUUCCAGUAAUUUUUUGUGGAACACUCUCUUUGUUGUGCAUGAUUCAGAAAGUUUGGCAUUGCUGAAUAUUUCACCGACUAGUGUUUGAAGGGACUAAUCCUCCAUAUUUGAAAAGCUGGAGAAAGAGGUUGGGCAUCGAGUCCUUUUCUGCAA